GUGACAGUUUAUACACACUUUGGGCUCGGGAACGGAAUGAGAUGAGGGUCCCAUCGACAUGAUCGACGCUGGUGGAGUAUUGUGUUUAUUCUUAGCAUAGGCCUAUAUUCAUAAGAAAAGAAGACUACAGAUUCAUUUGGUCAUGUUUGGAGACUUAUUUGGCGAAGAAGGCGAAACAUCGUCGGAUGUUGCAAGUCAAAACUCGGCACAGCGAUCCAGCAAGAAAGAUGGGCUUCCACAACCUCCCUUGUUACGGGGAAGUACCGGCCUAGCGGGUAUCGCAAACCAGGGUGCGACGUGUUACUUGAAUUCACUUCUGCAGACAUUGCUCUUCACACCGGAAUUCAGAGAAUCUCUUUUUGCUCUGGGACAAGAUGAGCUUGGUAACAUUGCUGAUAAGGAGAAACCAGGGAGUAAGGUACGAGUCAUUCCCAUCCACCUUCAGCGAUUAUUUGCUCGUCUUCUGUUACUAAACCAGAGGAGUGCAACCACUGAAGAGCUGACGGAUAGCUUUGGAUGGACCAACAGAGAGGAGUUACAGCAGCAUGAUGUUCAGGAGUUGAGCAGGAUACUGUUCUGUGCCAUCGAGGAUAGUCUGGUGGGUACAUCUGGAGAGCACCUCAUCUCAAGGCUCUAUAGGGGAUCCAUCGUUAACCAGAUUACCUGUGAAGAGUGCAAUAGAAUCAGUGAGAGACCGGAGGACUUUGUUGACCUAACGCUUGCUGUAGGAGGAUACAUAGGAGUCGUUGAUACUCUUAGGGCUUACUAUGUGGAGGAAGAACGGAUGGAGGGCAGUAAUCAGUAUAGGUGUGACAGAUGUAAGAAAUUAGUCAACGCAAGAAAGGGAGCCAAGUUACGUUCAUUACCACCUAUUUUAACCAUCUCCUUGCUGAGAUUCAGCUAUGACUUUGUCAAGCUCGAGCGCUUCAAGGAGACGGGGCAUUACACAUUCCCGCUUGAGCUUGACAUGGCUCCGUACUGUGAACAGGUGAAAGAGGAAGCCCUAUAUGAGUUAUAUUCUGUAGUGCUUCACAGCGGUAGCACACACGGAGGUCACUAUCAUGCGUACAUUAGAGACGUGGACAAUCUAGGAACUUGGUCAGAACCGCAUAAAGAGCUUAUCCAGCUGACCCCUGACUCAGGAAGUGGAAAGGAUGACAUCAUUGAUAUGAAAUCUCCCCAGCAGUGUCUUACAGCGCUCCUGAGGAAGCACGGUGGAUCUGAACAUGUAUUGUCUGUUGAAAAUCUCUGCCAGGUUUUAAACCAAGAGACAGGCGUUUCAUGGAACAAGCGCUUCAAGAGACAGUAUGGAACAAUGACCAAGUUUCUGAGGAAGUACAACGACCUAUUUGAGCUGAACACAGCAGGCUCCCUCGUGCAUCUGGUAGAUCCUAUGAAAGGAAAGGCAUCCAGCCCAGACCAAUCUCCCUCAAAGUCACCAAGAGAUGGCGCCAGACAGGACAACACCAAUGCAGCGUCGGAUGAGAAUCAUGUGAAGGAGGAAGGUGGAGAAGAAGGCCAGGACCAAAGUAAUAAGGAGAGGGCCAUUGCAAGAGCCACUGCAAAGAUCCCAGAACCAGGACAGUGUUGGUAUGAUUUCAAUGAUUCCUCGGUGGAGCCCAUUAGAGAGAACGCCCUCUAUAGGCAGUUUCAGGGAAGGGAGAGUGCCUACAUGCUGCUCUAUAGACGAAAGACAAUGACUCGCCCAACCGAAGCAUACAACAAUGCAUACCAUCAGAUGCCUGCAUGGCUAAUGGCUGAACUGGAAACAGCCAAUCAGGAGCUAGAAAAGCAAAGGGAAGAAUACGAUAGAUCUAUCAACUCUGUUGAACUGAGCUUGCUCUUAUCAUCUCACUGUAUAUGGGCUAGAGGAGCCUUGCAGCUUGCACCGGACAGAGAACCGGUCAAGAUUACACUUGAUAGAAGGAAAACAAUCACACAUCUCAUGGGACUUAUCAAAGAACAAGUGCCUGAGGAUAAUAAUGAGUGCCUUCAUGUUGCCAAAUCCCUUCCAGCAGGGUUUCAUUUAUUUGAUUCUCUAACGGACAGCCCAGACAAGACCCUCCAAGAUUGUUAUGUAACAGAUCAGAGCUUUAUCUUCCUAUGGGAUGGCAAACAGGUUGACGGAAAUUCCAUCUUAGUCGGCCCAACCAGCGAGCCAAUUCUGCUCAUUCUAACCUACAACGCUGCACCCCCUUCUAACACCUCCACCAAGCCAACGCCACCACCCCCCAGCUCCCCCACGGAGCUCCCACAUGGUUUCCCUAAAGACACCAGGAUAUCAGAGCUACGGUGCAUGGUGUCAGAUAUCGUCGGUAUCCCGAAGCACCGGUUGAAGCUUAGCAGGGUACAGUCGGUACCAGUGGUGGUGUCUUCGGAGGAUGAUGGGAGGACACUCACACAGCUAGACUUUUCAGAUGGUGAUAAGCUGAUGGUGGAAUCAACAGGCAAGGACAGUCCCAAAUCUCCACGUGACUCUCUAGCGGCCCGUGAAGCUGACAAUCAGAAGAAUUCUGUGAAAUUAACGAUUGAGAACAGAUGUGUAGAUCCAGACCACAAUGGUGACUGGCCUGUCAAACAGAUGGACAUACCCAAAGACAAGACCGUAUUUGACUUGAAGCAGCUGAUCAUCAACACCCUUGGUCUCUAUGGUAACCAGAGACCUAAGGAAGGAUGUAGGCUGAGGAUCAGUGAUGAUGCAAUGGGACUUCUAGCUCCGUUGCAUGAAAACAAGAGCCUUACUGAUUCUGGCGUCAAGAAAGGCAAGACCAUCGUCAUAGAAACAGGACUUCCUCCGACAUCCAAUGAACUCACCCUCAAUUUCAGUCUCAUGUCUGGCACAAAAUCCUGGGAUAUGAUGGUGGAUAAAUCUACUUCUAUGUCAGAGUGCCUGACUAAGAUGUUGAGCAUAGCAGGAAUGGAGGGCACCCCCUACCAUCUAAGAAAGACCAACUGGUGUGGAGAAGCGGCUGAUAUCAUUACUGACAUGGAGCAAAGUCUACUGCAGCUUCACAUCCAAGAUGGAGAGCUUCUGAUGCUAGAAGAGGGUCGGAUACCACCCAGGGGGUUCCUCCUGCUCCCUGUCUGGCUCUGUCCUUCACCUCGGAGGACCAGUGGGGCGGAAGAAGGUGGUGGUGGUGGGGUGUCGUCAUGGAUGCCUCACGUCCAGUUUUCAAACAUCCUAAAUAGCCUAAGCAGUGCCAACAGCCCCAACCAUGACAUCCAGCAGUCACUAGAGACACCGUCCAAUCAGCAUGAGCUCCUCGGCGAGAUCGAGAUAUCCCAAAAUGCAACAAUCGGUGACCUCAAGAGUCAGGUCAUGACCCUUCCAGCCAUGAGCCAGGUCGUCGUGCCGACGGUAGAGUUUCUUCGUCUUCGUCUGUUGGAGGAUGGGAGGCAGGGCAGAGUAUUGAGAGAUAACAACCAGAGCCUCAAGUUUGCCAGAAUGAAUAUCUCACAAAUUGCUGUCCAGAUACUACCAGAAGAAGAGCACCUCAGACAAACAGAGUUUGUUCUGACCUUCCAGAAGAGGAUACCUGAUACUAGACUCUACGGAACCGCUGAGGAUCUCGUCUGGGAUGCUGGGAAGUCUGCUGCCCCCAGUGGUCUACGGCAAGCCAUUGCUGAUCGCUUGUUGAUUCCAGUGGAGAGAGUGGCUCUUGCGAAGCACUUUACAAAAAAAGCUGAAUGGAUCGUUAUCCCUGAAGAUAAGAAGGUAUCAGAGACUGGGAAAGGGAGAGGAGGAGGGAAGAAGAAGGGCAAAGCUCAAACUCACAAAGCAAUCAACUUGAAGCAUGCUCCAUACCUUCUACGAGAUGGAGACGUGUUUGGUGUCGUGGACUUAAAAGAUGACCCUUUCAGGAAGGAUGACUUCACAACCAUCGAAGAUGAUAGAGAGAAGGAGCGAAAGGAGGAGGUAGAGCAGGAGAAGAGAAGAAAUAGACGUGAUAGAAGGAAUGCAGUUUCCCUCGGUGGAGGAGAAUCUAAGGAGAAAUCAAAGAAGAGACAAGAGAUUGGGCUGAUGAUCAAGGUUGAUAACUUUAGGUGACAUCAGAUACCAUAGGCUCAGAACAUCAAUGCAAUCAGUAGGAAAGAGUUAUAAUGAGGAAUCAACAUGAAAUAUUUGUGAGAACAGAGCUAUUGGAUGCUAUCUAGGGCCCUGUUGUAUAAAACUUACCAUUGAUGGUAACUUGCCAUCAUGAUAACAGGGCUCAACAGCCAAUCAAAAUUAAGGUUCUUAUACUAGUUACCAUUGUGCAACGGAGCCCAGAGGUUGUGACAGAUUCGUUUUGCUGUGUCAAUCCUGUUUAUGUCUUUAUAUGUCAUAUCGAUCUCGUUGUAACGGUUAUCGAUUUGCCAGCACAAUCUUCUUCUAAGUCUUUGAAAUGCAAUCAAAAUGUUGUUAGAUGCCAUCUAUCUGUAACAAUCAUUGAAAUGCCAU